ACCUGCACCUUUAAGACGGUGACAUUACCCUGUGAUGUCACUGAUCUGAGAGAUCUGUACCGUGUAGGCUACUGCUGUUGCGAGAGAAACCGCAACGUUAUGGCAAUUUUUAUUUCAAACCCAGAUGUAUCUUUAUUCUAGAAGGUACUUUGAGGGCUUAGGAAUGGAUACAAAAUGCCACAUCACGCAAACGGAACUGGGAAGCAAUGUCCCUGAGCAGUAACGUGUUUUUGACAAGACCUUCUAACCAGUAACAUCACAUUAUAAAGGAUCAGACCAGACUGAAAUAUACAAAUUCCUGGGAAUUAUAAUCGAGUCAUAUCGACUGGCAAUAGACAGUAGCCCAUAGAGUCUACGUUCUUGAUCAAUACUUAAAACUUAAAAACGUUCAUUGUAUGACUUUGGAAAAUUGGCGACCAUGUACAACCCCGCCAACGACGCAGGGGCUGGCUAUUCCAGUGGAACCGUGGCAGAGAAAGAUGCGAGCCAGGAGACGACAUUAGGAAGUGCCUACUCACCGGUGGACUACAUGAGCAUCACCAGCUUCCCCAGGCUUCCCGAGGAGGAUGGGCUUUCCGGAGAGAACACUUUAAAGUCACGCAAAGAUGACGACAACUUUCUCAGUGAGCAGGACACAGACCCAGACCUGUUCCUGAAAUCUGCCCGCCUUCAGCGGCUUCCCUCCUCUGCAUCUGACCUGGCCAGCCAUGACAUCACGCCCCUUCGGGAGACCACUAGAGACCCCCUAGCGGAGGACUGUGCCUGUCAGAGAGACGGCCUGACCGUCAUCAUCACAGCCUGCCUCACCUUCGCCACUGGAGUCACCAUGGCUCUCGUCAUGCAGAUCUACUUUGGGGACCCACAGAUCUUUAACCAGGGUGCCGUGGUGACGGACGUGGCCCAGUGCACGUCUCUGGGCUUCCAGGCCCUGGAGAAGCAUGGCUCCAGUGUGGACGCUGCCAUCGCCGCUGCCCUCUGCCUGGGAAUCAUGCACCCGCACACCUCGGGCAUCGGAGGAGGGGGCGUGAUGCUGGUCCACAAUAUCCGGAAGAACGAAAGCAGGGUGAUUGACUUCCGUGAGACGGCGCCAUCUGCCAUUCAGGAGGACAUGCUGCAGACCAAUCUUGACCUCAAGCCUGGCCUUUUGGUAGGAGUCCCAGGUAUGCUCAGUGGAAUGCACCAGGCACACCAGCUCUAUGGAAGAAUGCAUUGGAAAGAGGUGGUUACUAUGGCAGCAGAUGUGGCCAGAAAUGGGUUCAAUGUUACACAUGACCUAGCUGAAGCUCUGUCUAAAGUGAAGGACCAGAACAUGUCGAAGGCAUUCCAGAAUCUAUUUUUCUCCAACGGCCAGCCUCCCCUCUCUGGCCUGUUCACCAGACGGCUUGACCUGGCGGCCAUUUUGGAGGCGGUGGCAGCCAACGGGGUGUCAGAGUUCUACAGUGGAAAUCUGACGCAGGAAAUGGCCGCUGCAGUGCGAGCAGUAGGGGGCGUACUCUCCGAGGAAGACUUUGGAAACUACAGCAUAGUGUUGCAGCAGCCUGCAGAGAUCAUCUACCAGGGGCACCAUGUGAUGGCAGCACCGGCCCCCCAAGCAGGUGCAGCUUUGAUCACAGCCCUGAAUAUCCUGGAAGGCUACAACAUCACCAGCCAGAUACCCAGGAACAGCACCCACCACUGGAUUGCUGAGUCUCUGAAGAUCUCUUUAGCUCUGGCUAGUAGCCUAGGAGACCCCAUGUUUGAUUCCUCCGUCUCAGAGAUAGUGAGCCAGAUGCUGAGUAAGUCCCAGGCCGCACUCCUCCGUCAGAUGAUAAACGACUCGCAAGCGUACCCCCCCGGACACUACACACCCACGUACGCCCUGGAGGAGGGGGCCGUGGCCAGUCAGGUCAUGGUCAUGGGCCCGGACGACUUAAUCGUGUCUGUCAUGAGCUCCCUGAAUCGACCGUUUGGUAGUGGGAUAGUGACUCCUUCUGGGAUCCUCCUGAACAGCCAAGUUCUUGACUUCUCCUGGCCCAAUAAAUCCCAGAGCACGUCGCCACCCAACCUGCGUAAUGCCCUCCAGCCAGGAAAGAGGCCCUUGUCCUUCCUCGUGCCCACGGUUGUGAGGCCUGCCCUGGGUCUGUGUGGCACCUACGUGGCCCUCGGCUCCUCCAAUGGAGACAAAGCCCUCAGCGGCAUCACCCAGGUGUUGAUGAACGUUCUGUCUUCACGAAAGAACCUGAGUGACAGUUUGGCGUUCGGCAGACUGCACCCACAGCUGGAGCCAGACACUCUCCUUGUGGACUCUGAGUUCCUGGCGGAGGACAUGGAGCUUCUACAGGCCAAGGGUCACGAGGUGGAGCGGGUGGACGUCCUCUCGUUGGUGGAGGGCACCAGGAGGACCAAUGACCUCAUCAUCGGGGUGAAGGACCCCCGCAGCGCGGACGCCUUGGCACUCACCAUGUCCAUGAACAUGCCCUAGCCCCCCCUCCCCAUCCCCCCAUCACCCACCAACCUCCCUCCUCCCAAUUUAUGAUGGAGGAAAAGGGGGGGGGGGAGAAGAUCUUGGAAAAGGGGUGCAGAAGGUUACACAGAGGUGCACGAAGACAUAUCAGGGAAUUUGAAAAGGGGUACUGACGGAUGCAAGUGGCAGGUUAGUAUUGUAAACGUGAAAAAAAGAAUCAAAGAGAGGAAUUGCAAGUGUGUGAGGACAAACGAGGGGACUGUGUAGUGGAGGAGGUAUGAUGUCCAAAACGGGCUGAAAGUCCACCAAUACAUGGCAAAUGUGAAGUAAAAAUGACAUCACAGUCAUAUCAGGGGGAGGAGGAGCAAUGAGUCAUGGCUGAGGUUGGGAUCGAGGGUCGGGACAAAGAGCUGGAUUGGAUUUUGUUACGGUGAAGGUGGGGGGGAAAUGUGUCAUGGAGGAUUGAGAUGGUGUUGGGAUACGGCAGAUCACCUCUCCUAGCUUGCAACCCCUUCUCCUCUCAGUCAGUGGGCGUAGAAAGCUGUUUGGUGUGUUGCUUUGUCUUAUACUAGGCACAGUCUACUGUCUAUACACACAUCUGUGCACCAAAAAAACAUCAAAUAUACACAUACACUCCUACUUAAAUGCACAUGACGCUAAUCCAUGACUUGGGGAGGAGCUCACCAAAGCUGGGUAACAGCAUCUCGAACCUACUGCUUGACCCUAACCCUACAAUACCUCCUCUAUACUACCAGCUCAACGCUUUUUAUGUUCUUCACAACCUCAAAUAUUAAGAGCCAGUACCAGUGAGUGACAAUUUCAGUGGGAGUGGAGCACAGCUUAUCUUUGUAAACACACAGAUUGUAUGAUCACGCCCAAAGGGUAUUACCUUGGCUCCUUUUAUUAAAAGCUCUUUUGUUUUUGCAUCCAUGCCAAAUGCUAAUUAAUGAAACCACGCACACAGUCCUCUGGAAUUCAGAAAUAUUACUUACCUUUUCAGGUCGGCAGGCCACACAUUGGCCCCCCUUGCUAGUCUUGAUCACCUGAUGACUGUCACGGUAGUAUGUUGACUGUUAUUUAUUUGGGUCUGAUUCUUGUAAAUGUCUGAACAAUCAUUCGGCUGCCAAGCCAUUUUAGCCACUUCCACUGAAACGGGAUGAGGUACACGUCUCAGUUAGUGAGUGGAAAUCUCGCACGAAUGUCCUUUGUCACCACUUUAAUAUUGAAUGUUAUUUAUUGUUAAAACUACUAAUUUGAAUAUUGUUAUUUAUGGUAAUCGGGGCAUUGCUAGGAGUAGUUGGUGAAUUUUGAAAGGCUUGAAAGAUUUAGAGAGGGUUCUCUUUUUAGUACUGUGGUGAGGAAAUGAAGGAUUGAUGUGCUUUGAAUGCACUAUGCUUGUGUGAUGAUUUGUCUAUUUUUUUAUAUUAAGAUUUGUUUGUAUACUUUUGUCAUUUGCACUGUGCAAUGAUUUUGCUUGAAAUAACACUUAUACAGAAUUUAUAUAAUGGCAGCAUCUAUUUUCUUCAAUGUAUUGAAUGAUUAUUGCAUUUUAAGUGUUGCUCUAUAUAGGCCUAACCUUUUUGUGUCAUGUGACGUUCUUGCUGUCUUACGGCCAGUUUCCAUUUAUAAUAAAGAGAAAUAACCUUCCCUUCAUGAUGUAAUGUUAAAUCGGCUUUGUGGAGGUGCUUCCUUCAAAUGAUGUUUUUGUCGUUGUCAUCAAUAAAACACUGCAAGGUCACAA